AUGUCGUAUCCUUCACUUUGCUAUGGAGAAGAGGGCGCUAGAUUGACUCAAGCAUUUCAGCUGGCAUUUGAAGACAAUGCACCUCCCUCCACCAUACUACUUAGAGGAGACUCAGGCACAGGCAAAUCAUACAUUAUUCAUCACCUCGCUCAAACAUAUCAUGCAACAGUCUACACCGCCCUGCUUGGCGAACUAGCUGCUACCCAGCGUGGUCAGCUCAGCAAAGGGUUCAAACGACUCUUGUGGAAAGCCUCAACGACAACCAAAAGUCUUUUGUUAAUCGAAGAUUUAGACUUGUUCUUUCCUCGCCAUGGUCAGAGCACACAGGAUCCAUCGUUAGCAGCUAUUCUACAGUCAUUGAUGCAAGAAAACAAGGUGAUGCUUGUCGCCACAACACGAAAACCAGAUCACAUUGCCAUGGAUGUCAGAACAUUGUUCCAAGACGAGAUAAGCUUGCAGAUACCAACGCCUAUAGAAAGGAAGCAUAUGAUGUAUCAUACAUUCACUGCCUAUUUCCCUACAAGCACAGCUAUUACAGAGCAUGAUAUCGAGCAGCUGUCAUCCAGAGCACACGCAUUUGUCGCUGCCGAUCUUGCAUUAUGGGUCAAGCUAGCAGAGCAAGAGGCCAUCAAGAGCAAGAGUGCACAGGUCCACAUGGAUCACUUUGACAAGAUAUUCGAUCACAUUCGAGUCAGUGGCUUCCAGAGUUCAGCAAUGGCAGAAAAACCAGAUCCAGUCUAUUGGCAUGACAUUGGUGGUCUCGUAGCAGCUAAAAAUGCACUAGAGGAAUCUGCUGUCUGGGUGUAUAAGCAUGCCGAUGCCUAUAAACGAUUGGGCAUUCGACCCUCCAAAGGUGUGCUGCUGUUUGGCCCACCAGGUACAGGCAAAACGCUUCUGGCCAAGGCAGUGGCUACUGAAUCAUCAGCCAAUUUCUUGCCUGUGAGUAUACCUGAUUUGAUCAAGGGCGAAGUAGGUGAAUCAGAAAAGGCUGUUUCCAGGAUAUUCCAAACAGCCAUUCGUUGCAGUCCAUGUGUCAUCUUUUUGGAUGAAUUGGAAGCUAUUUUUGCUUCUCGAGAAAGCUCUGGAGAUGUCGGUAGAAAGCUGAUAUCUCAAUUUCUGAUUGAAAUUGAUCAUUUAGACAAGAUUGAUCAAAGUGUCAUUCUGCUGGGAGCUACGAAUCACCCCGAAUCCAUCGAUAGUUCCAUUCUACGACCAGGAAGGCUCGAUCGACUUGUGUAUGUGGGCGCACCGAAUCAAGAUGAGCGCUUUCAAAUUUUACAGGUAUUGAAGCACAAAACAAAACUGGACGCCAGUGUUGAUUUGCAGGUGAUUGCAUCCAAAACGGAAGGUUACACUGGUGCAGAUCUCCAGGCUGUCAUCCGAAAAGCAGGCCUUUUAUCGCUCAAGAAACAGUUGCUCGAGAUUGAUCAAGCCAACAUUGAACUUGCAUUGACCUUUGUCAGUCCAUCCAUUAUACCAGACCAAGAAGCUAUGCAAGAGUGA